AUGAAGCUUCUAAUCUUAGCACUGGUGGCUGCCGCAUCUGCUGCCCCACAAGGGUAUAACCUACCGACUCCCUCCGGUCCAUCUUUUAAUGCCGGAAGUUGUGGCAGUGGACAAGUACGACACGUGGACGGUAGCUGCGUCACACCUCAAGUGAACAGUCGUGUGUUCUUGUAUGAUGUGCCACCAAAUCAAGCUUCUUCCAGUCGGCCAGCGAACGUACCAAAACCUAAACUCGAACGAAAUAUUGUUUUCGUCAGACUUCCUGAUGGUGCUCAAGGACCAGAACCCAUCGUCGUUCCUCCUCCAAGGCAACAACACGUCUUGUUCGUCCUUAAUAAGCAGUCGGAACAAGGUCAACAAGUGAUCGAGCUGCCAGCGCCACCACCAGCGGAUCCCGAAGUGUUCUUCGUGAACUACGCAGAAGGAGAGAACCCGACUCUUCCUGGUGGAGUAGACCUACAAACAGCGCUUGGUGCUGCCUCUCAAGGUGGCGGUCAGGUUGUGGGAGGUGGUGGCAGUGGAGGAGCUGGUGGUGGUAUCGGAGGCGGAUUCGGUGGUGGUAUCGGAGGCGGAUUCGGAGGUGGUAUUGGAGGCGGAUUCGGAGGUGGUAUUGGAGGCGGUAUUGGCGGUGGUAUUGGCGGUGGCAUCGGUGGUUUUGGAGGUGGUUUUGGAGGCGGAAGUGGAGGUGGUUUUGGAGGCGGAAGUGGAGGUGGUUUUGGAGGUGGAAGUGGAGGUGGUAUCGGCGGUGGAAGUUACAGUCCUCCUGCGCCCUCCACACUUUAUAGUGGACCAUAA